AGGGCGCAACCCUUUUCGUAGAAGAUAAAGUAUGGAGUGUCCCAGUUUUUGUUCCUUUCCCAUAUGCGGGUUUUUUUUCCAAUUUAUUAACCUCCUAAUUACAUAGCGUGAAAAUAUAUAACUUGUAGACUGUUGUAAUGUAGGGCUUUUUAUUAAAAAGAAUGAUUCAGAAAUAUGCUGUGAUUGGUAACAUCUUACACAACAAAGAAGUAUAUUUUUUUAUAUUAAAGUAUUAAGCGAAUAUGUAAAUAGCAUAGUUAUAGGUAUAUAGAAAAGUGUGUAGAAGUAUAGAUAGAUAAGAAAUACGUCUGUAAACUCUCGCUUGGGAUUACGUAAGAAUACAUUUACAUCGUACAGACAACAAACAACGCAGCAUUAUCUAUAAGUUGCUCCGUGCUGUUACUGUAUUAAAUAAUAUUUAAUUUAAAAUAAUUUUGAAGUUAUGUUAAAUACAUGGGCUUUGAUUUUAACCAAUUUAAAAAAUACUCAUAUUUUGAAUCAAGUAAGAUGUGCAUCACAAAUUUUACCACAGUUGUCCUCGGAAAAAUACAAAGUAAGAAGAAAGCAAUUCGGCAACAUACAAUCUUCUGACGUAGAUUACUUUAAAACAAUUUUGAGUGAAGACAGAGUGCUGACUGAUGAAAAUGAUAUUCUCCCAUUUAAUAUUGACUGGAUUAAAAAUUGCCGAGGUCAAUCUAAAUUAGUUCUAAAGCCAAAGACAACAGAAGAGGUGUCUCAAAUCUUAAAAUACUGCAAUGAGAAACGGUUGGCGGUGUGUCCGCAAGGCGGUAACACAGGCCUGGUCGGCGGCUCGGUGCCCGUCUUCGAUGAGAUCGUCCUCAGUUUUAUGCUGAUGAAUAAAAUUAUCAGCUUAGAUGAACUUUCAGGUGCAUUAGUUUGCGAGUCGGGCUGUGUUCUGGAGAAUUUGGACAGCUAUGUGCGGGAGCGUAAUUUGAUAAUGCCUUUGGACUUGGGCGCGAAAGGUUCGUGCCACAUCGGCGGCAACGUGAGCACGAACGCGGGCGGGCUGCGGCUGCUGCGAUACGGGAACCUGCACGGAUCAGUACUAGGUGUUGAAGCUGUAAAAGCCGACGGGACCAUCAUUGAUUGCCUGAAAACUUUAAAAAAGGAUAACACGGGCUAUCACUUGAAGCACCUGUUCAUUGGUUCUGAAGGCACGCUGGGUGUGGUGACCAAAGUUGCCAUCCAUUGCCCUGCGCUGCCGAAAGCAGUUUCACUUGGAUUUUUCGGUGUGAAAAACUUCGAGAAUGUUCUUCGUUUAUACGCAAGCGCUAAAUCAUCUCUGGGAGAAAUUUUAUCUGCCUUCGAAAUGGCUGAUAACGAUUCUAUCUCCUCCACUGUACAAAAUCUUAAAUUGCCAAAUCCAAUAUCAGAUUAUCCGUUCUACGUAUUGGUGGAGACGAGUGGUAGUGACGAGACUCAUGACGCAGAGAAGCUUACGAGGUUCCUGGACAAGGAGAUGGAGAGCGGUCUCAUUGUUGACGGAACUGUCACCUCCGAACCAGCCAAAAUGCAGACAAUUUGGAACCUACGUGAGAGCAUAGCAGGCGCGGGGCUGAUUGACGGUUACGUGUUCAAGUACGACGUGUCCGUGCCGCUUCACAACUACUACAGCCUCGUGCCGCUGCUCCGAGACAGACUCGGACACAAAGCACUCAAAGUGUAUGGCUACGGACAUGUUGGCGAUGGUAACAUUCACAUCAACGUGACAGUACCGAAAUACGACCAAGAGGUGUGUUCGAUGUUGGAGCCUUUUAUAUUUGAGGAGGUGGCCAAGUUAAAUGGUUCAAUCAGCGCUGAACAUGGCGUCGGGUUCCGCAAACCGCACUACAUACACUACAGCAAGGACCUCACAGCGAUACACUUGAUGAAGCAACUCAAACAACUGAUGGACCCCAAUGAUAUCCUCAACCCUUACAAAGUGCUGCCUCAAGUAUAACACAAGGACUAAGCAAGGCUCAAUUUAAAAAACAAUGGUUCAGAAAGUCUUUCCAUUUUGAUCAAAAUAUACUUGAAAAAGUAAAUUCAUUGAAAACCCUAUUGUAUAAAUCUAGAAGAUUCUAGAAAAAUUCUAGAAAAACAUUCUGUAAAAUAUGUUAAUUGAUUUUUUAAUGUCAGGCUAUUAUAUUAUAUAACAUGCCUAUAUUACUUUUGUACUUUUGUGGACAAAAAAUAAUCUGUCUUGACCUCCAUAUAGAUAAUGUAAUAUGAGGUAUAUUAUAAACAAUUAUAUCAUAAAGUAUUUGUAUUAUUGCCACACUAUUAUUUCAAACUAUACAAGGUUGUGGAAUUAAGAUAUACACUGUUUGAUAUCCGGAAAUAAAACUACAUUUUACUUAAAUGACUUAUAAUAAAAUAUCCAUUUAUUCUUAUAACAUUCAUAAUAUCACUGCAACAAAAAUACAAUGGAAUAUUAUAAACAUUCGCCCUAAUCGCUUUAAAUAAAUAAUUCCAGUAUAUAUUGCAAAAAUAUUCAAAAAUGUGUUUAUUGCAUCAUGUACACAGUACGGACAUGUGUACAUGCAACCUUCACUGAUAUAUGUAUUAUAUGACAUUUAAACUGGCAAUUAGGUCAUUACUAAAAUCAAUCAUUAUACAUUAUCACACAAUUUCACUUCAUACAAAUAAAAAUUAUGUCAAUAUAAAGCAAUUAUAAACAACACAAUGUAAUUUGGCAUUACUGGUGGCAUUGCCGCACCAAAUACAAAUAAAAUUCAUGGAAGUAUUUACUUAAAUAUUCGGCAGAUAAAAAGCCGUACGAGGGCGUAAUGUGAUAUUUUUUCAAUAAAACAAUUUUCACAUGAUUAGGAGAACCCAAUUGAAUUAAAAAUUAAACAAAAUUUCACGAUUGAAAUAAGAAAAAAAAAACAUAACCUAAAUUUUACUUAAAGAUAAUACAUACAACCUUUUGUCUUUCAAGCUGUGCUGGUGAUUAAAAAAAUUGUUUUAAUAAAAAAGUUUAUCAUGUCCUCAAAUAAUAAUAAAAUUCAUCUUCAUUCUUAAGCCAUCCAAGAUUUCAUUUUUAUAUGCAUUCCGGGUGAAUAUAUUGAAGGAUGCAUUCUUUUACAUUAAAAUAAGAGAGUUAUUGUCAUUUUGCCUCUACACUUGCAAAUAAAAACUUAAUAUUUGUAUUUUUUUGUGCAUUUUUCUGCUUUGUUUUUUAAAGGAAUUCAAUUGUAAUUCUACUUAAAAUCACUCCUCGAUUUGGUUUUCAGUUGUUCUUUAAAUAUACUGUGUUUAUUAUGCAGGUUAUUGUAUAUUUUGUAAGCAAUUUCAUAUUUAUUGUCAAUUUUGAAAGAGUUAAAAAUGAGAUCAUUAAAUAACUAGAAGAUAUACAGACAAAAUGUAAACAAGUAAUUAAGUUUUAAUAUUAAUACAAGAAAGGAAACAUAAUCUUUUACCAAAUUUUACGACAUUCGAUCUAUUAUUUCGAUGAGCACGUUAUGGAUUCUUAAAAACAAGGAAAUUUUACAGUAUUAAAUAAGCAUAAUGCCCAAUCAUUUUGUUCUACUUUGAUGAUAUACAAACUUGUUUACAUUAAGUCCUUAUUUUAAUGUUCAUGAUUGUUAAUUGAUUCAAAUGUGACAAAAUAUACAAUUCAUUCUUUAUCCAAAGUAAUUUAUGUUGCUCGCAUGUUAUUAUGAAUUUAUCCUACUCAGCGACAGACCCAAA